AUGAAAAGAGGGUCAGUUCAAAAUAUUCUUUUUCAUCUAAGACAAUUAGAUAAAACUGUAUUGUUUCAUUUAGUAAUUUCAACAAAAGAAGAAGUUGAUUGUCUACAAACUAUUCAAUCUUUAGAUACUAUCAUUGGAAUUGAAAUUAAACAACCAAUUGAUGCAAAACGAAUAAUUUAUAGAAUGAAAAAUUUAAAAAUAAUUAAACAAGUAGCUGGAAGUCAAUUAGGAAGUUUAGAAGAAAUGAAAAAUUUAGAAAAAUGGUUUUUAUAUGAUUUAAAUAUUAAUAAUAAACAACAUUAUAAUUAUUAUAAACAAAGUGUAAUUAGUAUUAGUAAAAAAAAUAUAAAAAGAUUUAUUUUUAUUAAUAAAAUAACAGAUUUAAAAGAAUUAAUAAAAAUGAAAGAUUUAUUUUUUGGAUGUUGUAUUAUAUUAAAAAGUAAAGAAAUAUUAUAUACAUAUACUUUUAAAUAUAUUGCAAUGAAAAUUGUAUUAUUAUGGUUAUCUACAAAAAUAAUUACAGUUAGUUGUAAUGAUUUACAAAAUCCUUAUUUUAAAACUUUAUAUAAUUAUUAUCUUCCACAAAUUAGUAUUAAUAAUUCUUCAUUUUCAACUCUUUUUCCAAAUUAUAUACUUUAUUUAAAAUUAAAUUCUUUACAUCUUGGAAAUUCUAUGAAGUUAAUUUCAUUACAUCAUUUAAUAUUAUAUAUCUCAGGAAAAUUAUAUAAAAAUCUUAAUUUAUCUCAAUUAUAUAAUCUUUAUUAUCUUGUUCUUCAUCAAAAAGAUGGUUCAACACAAUUUAUUUUACCUUCAUCUAUUACUCAUCUUUAUUUGCAUCAUAUAAACUCUCAAAUAAUUUUUUUAAAUCCUCCUCAUUUAAAAGAAUUUUAUUCAGAUGAUUCAAUACAUCAAAAUUUUAUUCAAAAUUAA